CUUUUAAGUCCUGAUUGGCUAAGAUCUGGUCACGAGACCGUAAAAGAGCGACGUCUCUCUCUCUCAGAGCGACUCCCACAGCGUCCUUAGCAACCAGCCUUGUGGUUUCCAGCGGCCCAGAGCGCUGCGAAUUUAUGAUUGGUGAAUAUGCCUGUUAACAAAUCACCUAUGAUUAAUACAUAUGGAGGCAUAUCUUCCCCUUAUCAUGAAGAGCUCUGGAAAUUAAAUUUUCAACAUUUAAGUGGAGAAAGGAGUCAUAAAUCAAGGGCAACAUUUUCAAUCACAAAAGAAUUCAUCUUGAGAUUCAAUCAAACACAAAAUUCCAAAGAGAAGGAAGAAUUGUUGGAACUAGCCAGAAAAAUCAUUGUCAGAUGUAAGAGAAAAUUGGGUCUCAAAACCCUGGGCUCUGGGAAGCAUGUGCAUCUUCCUGCUGCAUGGAUUGAAGUAAUAUAUCUGGCUCAAUGCAAAGGGGAAAUCCAAGAUGAAGCUUUAAAUAUGCUUUAUGCAUCUCUGGACCAUGCUUCCUUUGAUUAUGAUCAUCUGCCUGCCUUAUUUUUUGUUGCGGAAUCGGUUUUAUACAGACUCUGUUGUGAUGCAUCCCUCAAAACGUAUUUAUAUUCAGUUGAAAUAAAGCUAGUAAAGAUUGGCUAUUUGGUCUUCUUACGACUUUUUAUAUUUUUCCUUCAUGGUCAUCUAGAAAGUUUUAAGCAACAUUUACUUAGGCUUCAACCACAUUUAUACGCACUUUCUUUCUCUGGAGCAUCAUAUCACAAGUAUCCAAACAUCUUUUCAAAUGUGCAAUUCAUCCUGAAAGCCUCGGAAAUUAUAGGUAAAAGAGAACUCCAUUCUGAAUCAAUUUUUAGCCCUGUGGAAAAUAAGAAAAGACAUGAGAACACAGAUUCUGAUAUGGGAGGAUAUGAAAUUAACCACCUGCUCUGGCACUGUGUUGCUGCUUGGUCUUGUGUUCAGAAUAACAGUCCUCAGUUGAAUAAUGUGCUUGAACAUCUCAUCUUCCAUAAGACACAGCUUCAAAAGAAAUGCUGGUUGGAUUCAGUACUGGCUUUACUGGUCCUUGGGGAGGCUGCCAAAUUAAACAUGGCCUGCUUGAAAGCUUUAAUGGACAUAGUGAGAGAUUUUGUUUCAAGCAUUAUGUCUGUUCAAAAUCAGGGAGAAAGUUACAAGGUAGAUGAUUUUUCCUGGGCCUGGAAUGUAGUCUACAUAUAUACAGUAAUUCUUGCAGAAAUCUGCUUGUAUGCAGCCACUUCUGAUUUGCGAAAAACUGCUCUAAUUGGUUUCUGUCAAUGUAAAAGUUCACGAAAAAAUAUUUUACGCUUGGACAAAUCAGUCCCUCCAGAAUUAAAGGAAGCAAGUAUUUUAAGUCUUUUGGAAUAUUUCUCUUCAAAAAUGUCAGAGAAUUGUGAUCAAGUAGUCUGGACUGGUUACUAUGGCUUAGUGUAUAACCUGGUGAAAAUUUCAUGGGAACUUCAAGGAGAUGAAGAACAGGAUGGACUUAGAAAUAUAAUAUGGCAAACAUUGCAGAAAACAAAGGAUUAUGAGAAAGAUAUACGAAUCCAAAAUGCAAUCAAUAUCGCUCAGGUAAGGUAAAACGCUAGGCAAUAAAUAUGUACA